AUGCGAACACCUCUAGGACAAGUCAGAGUGUUUGGUUUAGCAGGUAACAGCCAAUCACGACUUCCAAAUGGGACAGUUGCCGCGACAACAGGUACAGGGACAGGAAGUGGUUCUACCCCUACAUCCAGUAGACGAAGUUCCCAUCAUGCUAGACAGAUUGCCUUCCAGCGUGUCGACCCCCUGCCGGGAGAGGAGCCCUUACCCCCAGGCUGGGAGGUACGAAUAGAUAGUCACGGUCGCAAAUUCUACAUUGACCAUAUCAACCGCCAAACAACAUGGACUCGACCACGUGCCCAACAGGUGCCUCCAACUGGGCAAGCUGUACGGAGAGUGCCAUCUAUUAGCAGUGAACAAAGGGAAGAUUUGGACAGGAGGUAUCGGAGCAUACGUCGCACGAUCAAUGACUCAUCACAACCUCGAGUUGAUGAACUUGGUGGAACGCCACCUAUAGACCAUGCCACACCAGCGCAGUCCUCGGAACAGCCCGCCCCCACAACCAGUACGACAACCUCACCCCAGAGGAACAUAGACUCCAGUACUUUGAUGCAGUUUCCGGCCAUUAAGUUUCUCACUCGACCCGACCUCUUCUCACUUAUUCAGAACGCUCAGGACAGUAUGGCAGAGUAUAACAGAAACAGUACAUUAAAACAUAUGCUGACGAAAAUAAGACGAGAUCCGCAAGUCUUUCAAAGGUAUCAACAUAACAGAGAUCUUGUCGGAUUCUUAAAUAUGUUUGCCGACCCAAACAUGGAGCUACCGAGGGGUUGGGAGGUGAAGUACGACCGCUCUGGAAAAGCGUUCUUCAUCAACCAUACAGAAAGACGUACCACGUUUAUCGAUCCACGAUUACCAGUUGAUGUCCCGAUUAUGCAGAAUGGUAGUUUGAUGCCUUUGAUGCGACAACGGAGCCGUAGCGCUGGGGAGAGGGAUAUGCCAGGGAUGGCACCCACACCCCCACCCAGGCCUAACAAUGCAGAUGCAACGGCCUCCUCAGCUACAGCUGCUGUUCCAUCAACUUACAAUGAAAGAGUGGUCGCUUUCCUAAAACAGCCAAAUAUUGAGAAAAUUCUGUCUGAGCGGCAUCCCACGUACAGAUAUGAUAGUUCACUGAAGUCAAAAAUUGCCAAAAUUGUCAAGUUUGGCGAACCACGAUUAGAACGCCUUUCAAAUGAUGUCGACUUAAUAGUUCUGCUAAGUAUGUUCGAAAAUGAGAUAAUGUCAUACGUACCUCCUCAUCUCGCCACUGUCUCUAAACAACACAAUAGUCCCCUUGGGUCCCCCCAGGGGUCGCCAGCAUUGCAGCGGGCAAAUGUACGGGUACCUGCUCCUUAUAAACGUGACUUCCAAGCGAAAUUGAGAAACUUCCAUAGAAAGCUAGAAAAUAAAGGAUAUGGGCAAGGUCCUGGAAAAGUAAAGCUAUCUGUAAGAAGAGACCACGUUCUAGAAGACGCCUACAACAAGAUAAUGGCUACCAGCAAGAAAGAACUACAAAGAAGCAAAUUGUUCAUUAGCUUCAAGGGGGAAGAAGGGUUGGAUUAUGGUGGACCCGGGAGAGAAUUUUUCUUCCUCCUUUCUAGAGAGCUCUUCAAUCCAUACUAUGGCUUAUUUGAAUACUCAGCCAAUGAUACUUACACAGUGCAAGUCAGCCCAAUGUCUGCCUUUGUAGAGAAUGCUCACGAAUGGUUCAGAUUCGCAGGACGUGUGAUAGCUCUGGCUCUGAUACAUCAAUACCUGUUAGAUGCUUUCUUCACAAGACCUUUUUAUAAGGCACUUCUCAAAUUGGGUACCACGCUAAGUGACGUUGAGGCAAUAGACACAGAAUACCACCAAAGUAUUUUAUGGAUUAAAGAAAAUGACAUCACAGAUAUGGGACUAGAUUUAACAUUCUCCGUAAAUGAAGAAGUAUUCGGACAAAUAACUGAACGAGACCUUAAACCAAAUGGUCGACACAUACCAGUGACUGAAAAAAAUAAAAAGGAUUAUAUAGAUCGUGUUGUUAAGUGGAGAGUUGAACGUGGAGUUGUUGAACAAACCGAGUCGCUUGUCCGAGGGUUUUAUGAGGUCAUUGACUCGAGAUCAGUGUCGGUGUUUGAUGCUAGAGAACUAGAACUUGUAAUAGCUGGAAUCGCUGAGAUCGAUACAGCUGAUUGGAGGAAACAUACUGAAUAUCGCUCAGGCUACCAUGAAAUGCAUCCUGUUGUUCAGUGGUUUUGGAUGGCUGUGGAGAGAUUUGACAGUGAGCGCAGAUUACGUCUGCUCCAAUUUGUUACAGGGUCAUCCAGUGUCCCAUAUGAAGGGUUUGCAGCACUACGGGGUAGCAAUGGGCCUAGGAAAUUCUGCAUCGAGAAAUGGGGGAAGAUUUCUAGUUUACCAAGGGCACAUACCUGUUUUAAUCGGAUUGAUCUACCAGCCUACAACUCAUUUGAGAUGCUCUUUGACAAACUUUCAACUGCAGUUGAGGAGACAAGUACAUUUGGGAUUGAAUAGAUGGCGCUGUGCUUUAUAUGAAAAUGCCAGGAUGUGGAAUACAAGAUGGUGCUGUGCUUUAU